AUGUCCAACGGCACAUAUACCUAUACUGGGGUCUGGAUAGACUGGUCUGAGGGCGCUAUCUGUGGGGCAACGGUGACUUUAUCCCAGAAAUGGGCGGGAAUUCUCACUGCUUCCUUGGCCGUGGUCGUUUCUUCCGCUGGAAGUUUGUUCUGGAACAUCCUCGCCUUUACAAUUCAUCAAGCCUUUACUACCAAGGUUUGGAAAAAACGGGAUGCUCUGCACCACCAACGCCAAGUUAUACUUCGCAAUAAGGGUACUCUAGCUGCGGCCUGGGCGUUACUGUUGCUUCCAUUUGCAAACCAGCGCAAAGCGUCCAAGCGCUUCUUGCGAUCCUUGCCUUUUUCAACAUUUGCAAUCCUCACUCUCCUACUUUUCAGUCUCUCCGGUCUCUUUACAAGUUACAUCUCCAAGCUUGCAAGUGCGUCCACCCUUACUCUUAGUUCAGACUGUGGAGGGUUUGAGGUCGAUGUCGUCGCGGGAGUGAUAUCCCCUCUGAUUACAAAAGGCCUUUUGGAUACCUAUGACGCGGCGACAUACGUUCGACAAUGCUACCAGGGGGACCCCAAUGGGCCGACUUGUAGGACAUUUCCUCGCCCAUACCUACCAUUCACCACUAAUUCGAACACAUCCUGUCCAUUUGGAGACAAUAUGUGCGCCUACAACAAUCAAUCUGCAUUUCAGAUGGAUACUGGUCUAUUGGACUCACAUAAAGACUUUGGCAUCAAUGCGCCACCCGAAGAAAGGCUAAAGUUCCGACGAGUUUGUACCUGCGCGCCAAUCCACCAUGGAGCUGCUCUUGCCACAGUAACGAAUGACUCAACGUUCGGAGAAGUCAUCUAUGUCAACGCUGGAUCACAACCUGCGUUAGGCGAUAAUUAUACGUUUGUGUACACACCAGCUCCAAACUCGGAUAGUUUUGGAUAUACGUUGGACGACGAUCCAUGGAUGACAGCUCAGAUCAACGAAACAAUGGCAGAAACAAACACUACCCUGGUUAUGUGGUCCAAGAGCUAUGAAAUCAAUCUCUUGGGAUGCAUUGACCAAUAUCAGGUGUGCAAUCCGAAUAAAGCUGGAGAUUCUGGCUGCACCACGCUGGGUGGUAUCGGGAGUGCAUUGCAUCAGGCCUUUACUACAAAGAUUGGAUCGCUGGGGUUCAAUAUUCAUCAGGUUAUGACUGCCUCACGACUUCUCAGUACGGUGAUCGAUAAUGGCAUUUCUUCCAACGUGAAUGGACGAGGAGGCGCCGCUCUCAAUGCAUCUAUGAUGGCCUACCAAAAUAUUCAAACAUACAUUCCACCAAACCAAUGGCAAAUCGAAGUAUCGACCUGGUUCGCAACGUCUCUCGCCAAAGAUCAAUCCCAAAUCGUCGAGUGGGCCGCCGGACCGAAAAAUCUGCCAUCUGGAGGGUGGCACAUCACCAAACCUCAGAAUAAAUACGCACAAUCCCAGUGCAAUAACCAGCUCGUGCCCAGAGCUUCGGGAUAUGAGAAUUUCUCAAUUCUUGGACUCGCCGUAACACUCAUGCUCUGUGGGAUCAUUGUUAUCAUUGGACUGACAAUUGAUACGGUUGUGGGCUGGCUGCGCCGAGGGAAAUCGAGGUACAUGCGGGACCAGUGGGAAAUGGAGGAAACUUUGGCCCUCCAAAAGGCAGCGUACGUGGGUAUGGACCUUUGGCGGGAAGAUGAAGAAGCUAUUCCACUCCGCGCUGGAGAGGCUAGAGACGAAUGA